CAACGCAGAGUACAUAUAAAGUCCUUGGUUUUCUUGGAGUUAAGUGCCUAUACGAGUUGCAGGACAAAGAUGUCAUGAGGUCAGCAUGCACGGAGUCAGAGGAGUUUUCUCAAGAAACAAGGAUUGAUGGAGUUUCUUUUACGCCUGUUGAUUCAAACGCAUUGUUUGAAUUUCUUUGUGAAUGUGAACACAUAACAGGUCUUUCUUUUAACCAUUGCAAGUUUUUUGAUUAUCACAGCUGUCUUCCAGUAAAGGGUUUCCCAAUAAAUUCUCCCUCUCCAUACAAGAAAAAUGCUUUAAGCAAUUAUUUUUGGAAGCAUCUAAGUGUAGCUUUGAAAAGUGAGAAUUAUAAACUUACUAAGUUGGUAAUGAAUCGCAGCAAUAUAGGUGAUGAAGGUGCUAAAUAUCUUAGUGAAACAUUGAAAAGUAACAAUUGUAAGCUUACUAAUUUGUAUUUUAUAGAUAAUGAUUUAGGUGACAAAGGUGUUAAAUAUCUUAGUGAAGCAUUGAAAAGUGUGAAUUGUAAGGUUACUGAAAUGUCAAUGAGUGGCUGUAAUAUGCGUGAAGAAGGUGCUAAAUAUCUUAAUGAAGCAUUGAAAAGUGAGAAUUGUAAACUUACUAAGUUGGUAGGAACUGCCCGGAAUAUAGACGAUGGAGAUGCUAAAUAUCUUAGUGAUGCAUUGAAAAGUGAGAAUUGUAAACUUACUGAAUUGUAUCUUGACUAUAACAAUAUAGGUGAUGAAGGUGCUAAAUCGCUUAGUGAAGCAUUGAAAAGUGAGAAUUGUAAACUUACUAAGUUGGUAACGAGAGUAUUCACGAUAAGUAAUGAAGUUGCUAAAUAUCUUAGUGAAGCAUUAAAAAGUGAGAAUUGUAAACUUACUAGGUUGGUAAUGAGUGUCAGCAAUAUAGGUGAUGAAGGUGCUAAAUAUUUUAGUGAAGCAUUGAAAAGUGAGAAUUGUAAACUUACUAAGUUAGUAAUGUGUUGCCUUACUAUAGGUGAUGAAGGUGUUAGAUAUCUUAGUGAAGCAUUAAAAAGUAAGAAUUGUGUGAUUACUAAUUUGGUAAUGAGUUUCAGACACAUAGGUGAUAAAAGUGCUAAAUAUCUUAGUGAGGCAUUAAAAAAUGAGAAUUGUAAACUUACUGAAUUGUAUCUUGAUUAUAACAAAAUAGGUGAUGAAGGUGCUGAAUAUUUCAGUGAAGCUUUGAAAAGUGAGAAUUGUAAACUUACUAAGUUGGCAAUGAUUUGCAGCAAUAUAGGCGAUGAAGGUGCUAAAUAUCUUGGUGAAGCUUUUAAAAGUACGAGUUGUAAUCUUGCUGAAGUGUAUAUAACGGGUGACAAUAUAAGUAAGGAAGGUGCUAAAUAUCUUAGUGAAGUGUUGAAAAGUAGGAAGUGUGAACAGUACUUUGAAUCGGAUUUGAUAUGGAACCCAUUAAUAGAUACCUAUAAGCAUUCCACUUCCUGAUUUAAAGUAUAUUAUUUAAACUUUCCUAUGUUCUAUGAAAAACCUAUGCAAAAAAUUCAUACAUUUUGGGACUUUCCUUGCAAAUAAACGUUCCUUGAUUUAAAAACAACUUUGAAUUAUGUCUACUUAGCUAUAUGUUAAUUCAUUGUUUAGAGUAAAAGUAUAGUUUGAUUUGUAAACAUAUAUUGUUAAUUUAUUUGGGUUAUUUUUAAUAUUGUUCAAUUAUUUAAUUGUUUUGUUAACCUUACAACAUUUACUGAAAACAGUAAAAACUGUAACAAACAAUGAUAAACUUCAACGAUUUUCUUACAAUUUGAUUAUUUUAUAAAAUCUAAAUAAUAAACAUGAACAAAUGAAUGUAUUGAGAAAAAAAUACUUUCGAAUUAAAAUUUUUACUAACGACUUUGUGACAUAAAAAGUAUUAGAAAAGUUGAAAGUUCAAGACAAAACCUCUUUGAAGGUCAUCAUUUUACUAAAAUGUGGUUUUUAUACAUUUCUACAUAAAUGUGACUGACAGUGAACUUUUUCUACAAAAGCAUUUAUCUUUAAUAUAUGUUUAUUGCAUGUACAUAUUAUAUGAAAAUCAAAAUAUUUACAGUGUUUUA